AUGUCGACAUCAUGGGACGCGGACCAGGAGCGACUUCCACAGAUGAUCUCCAGCGAGGACGUGGCCGAAAGGCAGCGCCUGGCUGACCUGAAGCAGUUUCGAAAAUACCUGGUUGACACUGGAACUGUCCAGUGCUUGGUCAAGAUGUACAAGCAUUCUGCCAAGCACGAGAUGCGGAUUGACAACCCGAGCCUGGUCACGCAGUUCCUUGCGGGCUACACGGACGGCAAUCCCGAUGCAGAGGAGAUCCAGACACUGCAGCGAGAAAACGCUACACUCGAAGAGUACAAUGCAGUGAUGGAGUCGCAGGUGAAGGAUCUGCAGCACCAAAUCGCACGGCAGAAGAGGAGAAACCUCGGCCGUGGCAUUUGGCGUCGUUUGUGUCCGGACUCGGAGGCUGACGUGUCCUUGGACGAGCUCUUCAUCCGGCUUUGUGGCAACGAGGUUGAGCCCUCCACGGGGGAAGUGCUAGUUGACCUCCUGCGGCCGCAGACGUAUAAAGACAUCGACCUAGUCACGGCGACUCGCGUUUCUGAAGAGGACUUCAUAGCGAUUGUGGGCGACAUGGAGUCCCAAAGGCACGUUUCCUGGCUGGAGGAACUCUUCGCAAGGCUGCAAGACUCAGAAUCAGGAGAGGCGCCGUAUCAACGGGAGCUUAUGCAGGCCAUUAUUGAUUCGGAUCUGCUUCCCCACGACACGUUUCUGCUGGCGGAUGCUGUCGAGCUGGAUGAGAAUCUAGUGGCUUUCCUGGAGGUAGUUGCUGCUGGCCGAAAGGACAAGGGAGGGAAGCUGUCACAUACUUCUGCUCGAUACUGUCAUAAGCACUUUCAUGACAUAGCCAUUGGGGUGGGUCGUGACGCUAAAGCUUGCCAUUUGGGCGAUCCCAUGCCAAUGCACGAGGUCAGCAAGCGUAUUCAUGCACUUCUGGCACCUAAUCUUUUCGAGGAAUGUGCUGUGUGUCGGGCUUGGCCUUUCUCUAGCUUUCCAGACUGCACACGCAAACAAGCUGAGCAACUGGGGUGCAGAUCAGAAUGCAUGCGCAAAGUAGCGAAAGAAGUAGCAUAA